GCUGCAGCGGCGGUGGGGCUGGGCGGAACUUGUACUCCGAGGUACCCCGGCCUGCAGCGGGAGGCGGUGGGCUUGACUGGGGUCCCCGCAGGCCCUGUGCGGCGCCAGGCCUGGCUACGCUUGUGGGUCUGGGGGCGAGCCGCCACUUCCCAGGCGGCUAGGCCACCCUCCUCCAGCUGGAGGGGCGGUGACCGCGACCGUCGAGGGCCGGCCGGACACGCAGGGGUUGGAGGUCAGAGGUCGGAGGCCGCGCAUACGUGGAACGCCGGGGCCGCGCUCGUCUAACCCAGGGGUCGGCCGCUGCUGGGUUUGUUCGUCAUCUGUUCCGUGAGGACCCUUUUCGCGUGAGGGACUUGGAGAAACUGAGGCCUGAGUGGCCGGGGCGCCCUGUGGGCCCUGAGUCAGCACCGUAAGUUAAGAAAAUGAGGCAGAAGGAAGUGUUAACUGAGACCUUCCAAGGCCCAGCUGUGGUCUGCAGGACUCCCACCAGCCAUGUUUACAUGUUCAGGAAUGGCAGCGGGGACACGGGGGACUCCUCUGAGGAAGAGUCACACCGGGUGGUGCUGCGGCCCCGGGGCAAGGAACUCCAGAGCGAAGCCCACCGCCCUGGCCAGCCACGAGCUGGGGACUUGGUGCUGAUGCGGCGGGAGCUGGCCCAGGAGGACAGCCUCAACAAGCUCGCCCUUCAGUACGGCUGCAAAGUCGCAGAUAUCAAGAAAGUCAACAACUUCAUAAGAGAACAAGACUUAUAUGCUUUAAAAUCUAUUAAGAUUCCAGUGAAAAACCAUGGGAUUCUAACAGAGACCCACAGAGAGCUAAAACCCCUCCCGAAUCCAUGCUCAGAGACCAGAGUGACCUUCGUGGACCUCCCAGACCCAGAAAGAACAGCCACAGGCGCCGGGGUCCAGGCCAGCCAACUGGCAGAUUUCUUUAAGGUGAUCGACCAGGAUAUUGAGAAGGUUGUGCAGUCCGAAGUCUUUUUAAGUGAAAGCUACUGCACAGAGGCCUGCAGUCAGCCGCUGCUCCCAGCUACUCAGAAGACACCGGCAGAUGGUGCAGACUGUGGAAUUCAGUGGUGGAAUGCUGUUUUCCUCAUGCUUCUGAUUGUGAUUGUUUUGCCAGUAUUUUAUUUGGUCUAUUUUAAAAUGCAAGCCUAUGGUGAGACACCUAAUAGCUUGAACACAACUGCUGUCCCCAAUAGCUUGAUAGCAAUGAGCGCAGUGCCAGGGAAGCCCCUGAAAUUGGCAAUUCCUGUGCCAACCAUCACCUCUUCAGACAGCCAUUUCAGUCAACCCCCCCAGGCAGGGAACUAAACUAUUUUUGUUUUAAAGAAUCAGCCCCACUCUAGCAGUUGGGUUCCUGAUGUGCAUCAACUGACCUCAGCCAUAUCCUAUGGGUGCUAUGCUUUCUGUGACUUACGGACAGUGAACAGAAGUCUGUUGUGUUCUCAACCACGCUGACUCUGGCGAGUGGCCUGGCCUAAUACAAGGCUGCAUGAGCCAGAACACCAGUGCCAUCAGCCUCGUAUAUCCAGAGACGUGUGGCAGGAGGGACAUUUACAUGUGACAGGUUGCCAUUUCUUAAAGAUGCACAGGGGACUGGCUAUGAGUGUUUUCACAGUCCUGUAGUACUGUGUGGGUCCCCAAGUUGGAUGUGGUUGGGGGGAAAGGAAUGGCUUGUCUACAAAGGGACCUGUGGGGUAGGCGCUCCUGGGGCCCAGCUUCUGGCUGCCUGGCUGUUGGCAGUGCCCACUUUCUCCUGUGGCGGGGAGACUGCCUCCGAGAGCUGGGGUUCUGGGUCUCCCCAGCAAGGGUUCCUAUGGAGUAGUAUUGAUAUGUCACUCUCUUUAGAGAGUGACACCUUAACGUUAUAACAAGCCCUGCAUCAUGUCUGCCUCAAGUGUUAGCCUUUUGUGAGGCUAUGUCACUUCUAGAAUUGAAAAAGGUCCCAAAUGCAAACUAAUAACUGAGAAAGCUAGUUCUUGUUCUCAUUUUAGAGAGAACAGUUGAUGCUCAUUAUUCGUGGACUCUGUAUUUGAAAAUGCGCCCACUUGCUAAAAUGUAUUUGUAACCCCCAAAUCAGUAGCAGAGUGGCAGAAAAUGUGAGCUGCUCAAUGUAUGUGUGCCCAGCUGAGGUUGAACAAGGUGAUGCUCUGCAUUCUUGUCUCUGCUUUCUUAUUGUAAACGUGUCCUUUUUGCGGUUUAUGUAGUACCACGUUUUUCUUACUUUCUGCUUUUCGUUGGUGAUAUCAUUGUUUAAAGUGGCCCCCAGGCGCAGUGCUGAGGUGCUGUCUAGUGUUCCGAAGGACAGUAAGGCUGGGUUGUGCCUUACAGACAGAGUACGUGUGUUUGAUGAGCUUUGUUCAGGCCUGAGUUACAGUGCUGUUAACCAUGAAUCCAAUGUUAGUGAAUGAGCUUUCUAUACGUGUAUAUUAUGUAAGGUGUCUUUAAACAGAAAUACGUGUAAGACAAGGUUAUGUAUCGAUUGGUUGACAAAAUUGUGAUCAGAGGCUCGCAGGAGCCCAGGCCAACCCCUCAGAGCAGUGGUUCAGUGUUGCUAAUUCAGUGUUUGAGGCAACUACAGAACACAGUGACACUGAGUAAUGAACAUCGAUGGUUCUUAAUUUGAAACAAGGGUUCAGACAGCACUUCUUGGCCAGAAGGCAGGGGCUCAUUGCCCAGUUUGACGUGACGGGCAUUUCCACAGUGAUCUCUAUGGAGUUGUCCAAGUUAGCUUUCUUUGAAAGAUCUCUUGCUGGCACAGUAUCUAGCCCCGGAGUAAGUGUAGAGAGAAGGAUGAGUGUGUAUCUUUAAUGAGGUUGUAACAUGUACAUUUAUUGUCUGCCUCACUUUUCUGAGGACGAAUAGUCAGCCAGCGAAGUGUCACCAAGAGCAGCCACCCCUGUGUGUGCUGGAAGGGCCGAGCAGGGAGAACUGGCCACACUUGCUGCUGCUUCCCUGACCCAUUCUUAGGAUUAGAGAGCCAUGCAAAAUGGGGUUCUUCAUUUUCCUUUGGGUGAUUCCCCUAGAGUAACACCACAUGCAGUGUAGCUUAUAAAGUGAAAAGGCUAGACACCUAACUAAUAGCCUAGAGGUGACCAUGUAAACAGAGGAGCUGAUAUCUGUUGCCUGAGGUUUGUCCUCAGUUCUUUCCUGUACAGAGAUGGGGGAGGGGCCAGGGCUGGAGAGCAGGAGUGUGGGGAGGGAAAGGGCUGGAUGGCCUCUGGCCCUGCCAGGUGGGCAGGUGUGAAUGGGUGGGGGAAGAGCCUAUUGCUGCACAGGAUGCUGCUUUGGCAAGGUGCUACCUUGGCCCCACAGAGGAGUGGAAACAGGCUAGAGAGCCUUGUGGUUUGUAGCUCAGCAUUGGUGAGGGUUCUCAGAAAAGAAAACUGACUAAAUACUGAGAUUUGGGGUUGGCUUAUGGUAUUUGACCACCUGGGAUUGGCUUUUGGAAAGGGCUUGCUUUGGUAAGGUCUUGACACAUUUGGCCUGGAGAUAUAUUUAAAAGAUCUCAUCAUGUAAGAGGUGGGAAGUGUGGCAGAAGAGUGCUUGAAAUGACCUUCCAGUUUCUUUCAGUUCACGUGCAAAAACAGCCAUUUACCUGGGUUCAAUUAGCAAACUUAAAUUAUCUUCAUAAAUAACAAAAUGAUCAUCAGUAUAAAAUGAGCUGGUGAAACUUGGCUACAGGAAAUGUUUUAAUCAUGUAAAUGCUUUAACAGCCAAAUGUUUCUGCUGGCUCUGUCACUGAGAGAGGUUUUUCCAUUUGUCACUAUUGACUUCAGCAGGCAGGGCUCACAGUCUCAUGGGAAAAUCACUUUUUUCAGAUGUGAUUUGGAGCUGUGUAUACCUCAGAAAAACGUCCUUAAAUUUGAUUCAUUCCUGUGGGUGUGAACCCAUUGUAAGUAGGAACUUAGAUGAGGUUACUUCAGUCUAGGUAUAGCCCAUCUCAAGCAAGUGGGUCUUAAUCCUAUUACUGGAGUCCUUUAUAAGCAGAGUGAAAUUCAGACAGAGAAAGAGAAAGCCACAGGAAGCCAGAAGCUGAACAUCAGUGGAACCCAGAAGAGAAGGGGGAGACCAGGAGAUACUGCCAUGUGCCUUGCCAUGUGACAGCCUAAGGACCAAGAAUCUCUGGCAGCCAACUUCAGGAAAAAAGCAUUGCCUUGAUAACAAUUUGAUUUGGACUUUCUUUUAGCCUCAAAACCAUAAGCAAAUAAAUUCCCACUGUCUGCACUGCCACAUUGCAUGGUAUUUGCUUGAGCAGUCCAGGAAACGAACAGAUUUUGAUACCGGGAGUGGGGUGCUGCUAUUGCAAAUACCAAAAAUGUGGAAACAGCUAUGGGAUUGGGUAAUGGGUAGAGGCUGGAAGAAUUGAGAAGUGCUUAAUAGAAAAAGCCUAGUUUGCUUUGAAGAGAUUGGUGGUAGAAAUAUGGAUGCUGAAGGUACUUCCAAUGAGGCCUUAGAAGGAAAUAAAUGUGUUAAUGGAAACUAGAGGAAAAGCGAUCUUUGUUUUAAAAUGGCAGUGAGCUUGGCAAAAUUGAGUUCUGAUGUCAGAUAGAAGGCAGAACUUGAAAGCCAUUUAUUUAGCUGAGUUGAUUUCCAAGCCAUGUGGAAAGUACAGCCUGGCUUCUUGCAGCUUAAUAAAAUGGAAGAGGAAACAGAUAAGCUGAGAACUGAACUCCUGGGCAGAAGGAAACCAGAAAUUGAUGGUUUGGGAAAUUCUGAGAAAGUGAGUCCCCAGAGAGCAGUGUUCCAUGUGAGGCUUUAACUGGACAUGCAUGGAACCAGUCAGCCGUUUCAGUGCAAGUCAGGAUUGGAGAUGCAGUUACUCAGGAAGGAUCUGUGGGAAGUUGUUUUGUCUGAUGGUUUGGACCCCUGUGUACUACAUACAAAACCAACAAGUUUUUUGUGGUAUUCGUAUGAGCAGAACCACUGCCAGCCUGGACUAAAAGGGACAGAGAAGGGACAAAUUGAAGGAAGUUUAACUUCAAGGCAGAGCCGUGGAAGUUGAGGUCUGGACUGAAGACAUCCCCCUGGGCCAAGAGAGAGGGCAGGGCACAGCCAUGUGUGUGGGAAGGGCUGGAUCACCCUGUGCUUGGAGGGGGCAGGCCUUCUGCCCUGUUGUUCAGGGAGAGGGCUGCCACCCCAGUGCUCAAGGAUGAUGGGGCCUAUGCCCGGGGUUUGCAGAGAGCUUGGCUGCCAUUCUGAUGUUUGGAGAGGACGGAACCUUCACUCCAGUGUUGGGGGAGAGCAUGGCCCCUGGGCAAGCCCUUAGAAGGGGUUGGACCUCUGCUCCAUCAGGCCCAGGGGACAAAACACCCUUCCAUAGAUGAUUCUCAGAGCUUGAAAUUAAAUUUGCCCUGCUGGGAUUUGGAAUUGUUUGGGAUCCAUAACCUCUGCUUUCCUUCCAAUUUCUCCCUAUGGGAAUAAAAAUAUUUAUCCUAUGCCUGUCCCUUCAUUACAUAUUAGAAGCAGAUAACUUGGUUUCUAGGUUUCACAGGUCCACAGAGGGGAAUUCUGCCCCAGGACAGACUACACCCAUAACCAAUUUUGAUGAGACUUUAUACUUAGCAUUGCUUCUCAAAUGACUUAAGGCUUUUGGGAUAUUGUGAUGGAAUGAAUGUAUUUUGCAUAUAGAAAGAACAUGUCUUUUUGGGGUCC